AUGGCGCGAAGGAGCCACACAUUCGUUUCGCCAGCGCGGCGGAUGCUCCUGGAAAGACUCACAUCCCACAUAGAGGACGCAAAGAUCGAUGGGCCGCUGCCAUGGUUGAACCCAACGCGCGCGCGUGUCAAUCUCUCGCCGCACAAUGCCGAGGAGGUGGGCGCGCAAGUGGAUGGAGCUGAGGCGGCACCAGUCACCAGGCAUGGCGAACAAAAGACUGUACCGAGUCCAGAUGGUGCGCAAAUCGAAUGGCGAGCGCGCGACAACCGUAAAGGACGCCAUGCUCUCGUCAUUCCAGGCGACUCAACGACAACAGAAGGGCCGCAGGUCACCUCCGAGUGGUCUGCCGUAGGCAAAGGCAUCUGGCGCAUGUGCACCGUCUUCGCCUGGUGGGAUGUAUCCUGGUGGAUCGCCGUCCUCUUUUCCGUCGGCUCGGCCAUCUUCGUCAUCUCAGCAUUCUGGUACUGGCUGCCCCUCGAAGCGCCCUCAACCAAAUUCCCCGGAGAAGAACUCGCAGCCGGCGGCGUCGCUUCAGCAGUCGGCGCCACCCUCUUCCAGAUCGGCGCAGUCCUUCUCAUUUUCGAAGCUUGUAAUGAAAAUCAGACCGGCUGCUUCGGCUGGGCGCUCCAGCGUGCUUUCUCUCAUGAUGGCGACAACGACUCCACCGCCUCCCCUGCCGCCAAAGAGGCUGCCGCAGAUAGUGCUCCCAAACCCACCGCAGGCUACUGCGACCAUCACCACAUCCACGGCAUCCACCAUCGCUCUACCGUAGAGAAGCAGCACCCGUCCGCCCGACGUACGUGGGAAUGGUGGCCUACCUGGCAUGAAUGCACAUCCCACUACUUCCAUGAGAUUGGCUGGCUCGCCUCGAUUAUCGAAGCCAUUGGCGCUACUAUUUUCUAUAUCAGCGGCCUCAUGGCGCUGCCAGGGAUCUACAACAACCUCUCCCAGCCGGUGCUGUGGUACGUCUACUGGCUCGCCUACCUCGUCGGCGGAAUUCUAUUCGUAAUCGCGUCACUAGGUUACGUCUUGGAGAGCCAAAAGAAUUGGUACACGCCGGCGCCGCAUCUUCUGGGUUGGCAUAUCGGGGUGUGGAACACCAUUGGCUCUGUGGGAUGGGUGCUGAGUGCAUCCUUCGGAUACUGCAGUGCGAGUUGGUGUGGGUAUCAGAGCGAUUUGAGCCUACUCUGGGCGAGUGUUGCUUACUUAAUUGGGAGUCUGUUGUUGUGGUAUGAGGCGCUGGAUAAGUAUCCUGUGGAGAGGGAGAGGAAGACAAAGUGA